AUGAUAGCUGAGAUUACCAAGAAUGUGACAGACAACAUGACCAGAAGGGAAGAAAAAACUAAUGAGUUCUUAUAUGGCACUAGACAUCCAAGACCAAGAUCUAAUGGCUGUGCUGCAAGAAGAACAAGAGGAGAAGCUAGAAUAGAUGAAUCAGAUGAUAGUUAUUCCUCUUCAGGAAGAAGUGAUAAUAGAUCCAUGAGAGACCAUAACCCUCAUCCAAGAGCUGAUGACAACCUGGGUAAUAUCAAGCUGAGAAUUCUACCUUUCUUGGAGAUGGAAACUAUCAUGAUCAAGGAAAAUGUUAAUGAAGAUGAUGAAUCAACCAUGGCAAGAUUCAGGGAGAAAAAGCAGAAAUCUUACACCAGAAACCAGUAUGGAGCAUCUUCUAAGCCAGCUUACAACAAAGAAGAGAAGAUCUUUAACAAACCAAAAGAGGAAAUUAAAACUUCUGGAAAUGGCAGAGAAGACAAAUGCAAAGCUCCCGCCACCAGAUCCAGAGAUGUGAAGUGCUUCAAGUGUCAUGGAGUAGCACACUAUGCCAAUGAAUGUUCAAACAAGAGAGCAAUGAUUCUGCUGGACGGUGGAGGAUAUGAAACUGAAGAAGAAAAACCAGAAGGCAGUACUGAUGAGGAAGGCGUGGACUAUCCAUUCAAAGGAGAACUACUGGUUCAGAAACAUCCAAAGCCUUACGCUCUACAGUGGCUUAGUGAAGAUGGAGAUUUGAAGGUUCAGAAACAAGUUAAGGUUUCCAUCACCAUUGGCAUAUAUGCAGAUAAGAUACUUUGUGAUGUACUUCCUAUGGAUGUUGGACAUAUUCUUUUGGGAAGGCAUUGGCAGUAUGAUCACAAAGUGAUGCAUGAUGGUUUCACAAAUCACCACUCCUUUGAGCACCAAGGCAAGAAGAUCACUUUAACCCAUGAAGUUCACCUUGAUCAGGCUAUGAUCUUGUUUGUUUACAAGAGAAGACUAACCUCAUCUUCUGACAGUGCACCAGCUAUUCCGAGUGAGUUUGAUUUGAUUUUGCAGGAGUAUGGUGAUGUUUUUGCAGAAGAGAAUAGACAAGUCACUGAGCUUAUGGAGAAGGGACACAUCAGGGAGAGCCUUACUCCUUGUGUUGUUCAUGUACAGCUUGUUGAAAAGAAGGAUGGAACCUAUAGAAUGUGUGUCGAUUGCAAAGCCAUCAACAACAUUACGGAUAUACAAGUGCAUGAAGAGAAAGUGAAAGCUAUAAGGGACUGGCUAACUCCUAAAACCGUGGGAGAAGUACGAAGCUUUCAUGGUUUAGCUGGAUUCUAUAAGAGGUUUGUAAAGGAUUUUAGCACCAUUGCUGCACCUCUCACUGAAGUGAUAAAAAAAUUGUGGGAUUCACUCGGGUCCAACUCAAGAAGAGGCUUUCAAUCUGCUGAAAGGGAAGGUAUUGGAGCAGUUUUGAUGCAAGAGAAAAAACCCAUUGCUUAUUUCAAUGAGAAACUUGGAGGUGCAACUCUGAACUAUCUAAACUACGACAAAGAACUCUAUGCCUUGACCCGAUACAAACAAGGUAACGAGAAUGUGGUUGCUGAUGCCUUUUCUCGGAGGAAAGCACAUGGAGGAGGAUUGAUGGGUCACUUCGGCAUUGACAAAACUUUGAAGAGUUUGCAGCAUCACUUCUACUGGCCGAGAAUGAGAAAAGAUGUAGAGAAGAUGGGUAAUCAGUGUGUUACUUGCAAACAAGCCAAAGCAACAAACCAAACCAAAGGUAUGUAUAUGUCUCUGCCUAUUCCGUCUGAACCAUGGGUAGAUAUCUCAAUGGAUUUUGUGCUUGGAUUACCUAAAACUAGGAAGGAAAGAAAUUCCAUCUUUGUUGUGGUUGAUAUAUUUUAUAAGACGGCUCAUUUCAUUCACUGUCAAAAAACUGAUGAUGCUUCUUUGAUUGCUGAUUUUUUCUUUGGAGAUGUGGUUAGAUUGCAUGGAAUGCCUAGGUCCACUGUGUCUGAUAGAGAUACUAAGUUCUUAAGUCAUUUAUGGAAAAUAUUGUGGGCUAAACGUGGAACCAAAUUUUUGUUUGCUACUACUUAUCAUCCUCAGAGUGAUGGACAGACUGAAGUAGUUAACAUAUCUCUGUCUACUCUCUUGCGUGCAAUCAUUAAAAAGAAUCUUAAGACUUGGAAAGAUUGUUCGCCUCAUGUUGAAUUUGCAUACAACCAUUCAGUUCAUAGGGCUACUAAGUUUUCUCCAUUCCAGAUUGUUUAUGGAUUUAAUCCUUUGACUCCUUUGGAUAUGUUGUCUCUACCCUUGAAAGAACAAGCUAACCUUGAUGGCAAGCAGAAGGCCGGAUUUGUUGUGUCUUUGCAUAAACAUGUUAAGGAAAACAUUGAAGCAACAACAAAGCAGUAUGAGAAGUAUGCCAACAAAGGGAGGCGUGAGCUGAUCUUUAACCUUGGAGAUUUGGUCUGGAUACACCUCAUGAAAGAUAGAUUUCCAAAUGAAAGAAAGUCCAAACUGAUGUAA